AUGCCGCACGAGCAUCGUCAGAUGUACUGCAGGGACGGGUGCCGAUGCGAGCAGCAGUAUCGGCUCCAUCGGCUUCUCGCUUUCGACCCCAGCAACGACUGUCGCGGAAUCUUCUCGGACUGGUUUAAAUUCCCCUCCUGUUGCAUCUGCAAAUGCUACAACGUCCCGCUCCGUUCCCUCAUGGCUGGGGAGCGAAAGCCCCGGGUCUAUAUCCCAGGGAACGACGUUCUGGAACCGGACGAUAUCGAUCCGGAACCUCGGGAUUUCGGAGCGGCACCGGACGAACAGGACGAUUAUGGGCCGACAUUGGACGGAAACGGCGAUAUUAACCACAUCCAGGUGGAAGAUGCCGAUAUCGCAGCGAUAGCAGAUGAGAAUCAGAACAUCGGGGAUCCCAUCGUCGGCCCUGCCUACGACCUGCAGCCGAUUUUGGGUCUGGCAGACGUACGGUGGUCGAGGAACCUCUACCCGUCGACGGCAAACGGAAACGGGAAGGGAAAACCUCUGCCCUUGAUCCGAACACCCAGGCAGACUCCCUAACACCCCAAGUGAAAUCACUGUGAUAAGCCUAAGAUUUUCCUCAAAAAAAUUUUUUUUCCUGCUUGAAUUCUUUUCAGUAAGUUGCAGUGCCAUAAGUGAAGCGAAUUCCCCGCAACAAUAAGUUACCAUCCGUUCCAGUCACAUAAUUUUUUUUUUAUCUUUCAAAUUUAGUCCUUGUGAUGUUUUCCGUCCAUUCGAGUUACCACGUUUUUGCAUGAAAUUGAUCUCACAGGGUCUUGAGAAUUUUCCUGAAGAUUUUAUCAGGUUGUUAUUGGUUAGAGUUUUAUCCUGUUGGAAACCUCCCCCGUUACUUUUUUUAUGUUGGAGUCACCUGCUUUUGUCUCUCUUCCUGACCCCUGUAUUAUACUAGUCGCCAAUAAACCCGCCUCAAACC